AUGACAGCUCAAGCCUUUAAUGUCAACAAGCCUGGAACAUGGCAUUUAGCAGCGACAAUUGACAGUGAGCUACAAGAAAUGAUCAAAAAUGGAACGAAGGCGAGGUUCACUGGUGAUAUUGAGCAUCUUACUCUACCACAAACGCGAGCCAAGUUUGACAGUCUUUUCCAGCAGGAUGCUGCUACGCUUCGUGCUCAAAUGCAAGACGAAGUGUCUGAGGAAGAGAUUCAUAUUCCUGUCAGAGACGGAUUCAAGGUCCGAGCGCUUGUCUAUCGUCGCAAGACUUACCAGCCGAAGAAGGAUCGACCUCUUGUAGUGCUUAUCCAUGGUGGAGGAUUCAUCCUAGGCAACGCCGAGAUGGAGAUGCCAACCUGCGUUGGGGCAGUCCGAAAAUACGAUUGCGUUGCAGUGAGUUUGGAGUAUCGACUUUCCCCAGAAGUCAAGUUCCCGGUCGCGUAUGACGAUUGCUGGGACGCUCUCGUAUGGCUAUCCAAGAACGCGGCCUCUCUCCAAGCUGACCCAACGCAUGGAUUUAUCUUUGGUGGGACUUCGGCGGGCUCACAUCUUAGCAUCCCCUUAGCUCACCAGGCUCGGGAUGAAAAGCUCUCGCCUCCAAUCACUGGGCUGUACCAUUGCGUUCCGCCAGCACUGAUGCCACAGGCACUUACUGACAAGUACAAGCCUCUCUACAACAGUAGGGAACAGCUGAAGAAUGGCAUGACGCUCACUGCAAAGUCCACGGAAAUGUAUGACAAGGCUGUUGAGCCAGACUUCACGUCGCCACUUUGGAACCCUCUGCUUUGGCCAACUGGACAUAAAAACCUGCCUCCAUCGUUCUUUCAGAUCUGUGGGGCGGAUUUGCUGAGGGAUGAGGCAUUGAUCUAUGAGAGGGAACUUCGAGUCGAGAGUGGCGUUAAAACCAAGACGGUCGUGUAUGAAGGAUUACCGCAUGUGUUUUGGUAUGAUUAUCCAACUCACAGUGCCAGCGCCCGAUUUGCUGAAGAUGCGGUUUCUGGUUUGGGAUGGCUUCUUGGUCGGAAGAAUUAG